CAAUUUUAAUCAUAUCUGGCCAACAGCAACAAGCCAGGUGCGUUUUGUGCUCAAACAACGAGUGAUGAUAAUGUGAUAUGGACCAACAAUGCCUAUGAUAUAUGGUGAUAUUGCAAGGUUCCACCUGUCUUGUGACAGAUCCGAUGAUAAAGACAACAAGGACAAUGUUUUUGUUUUGAAAGUGUUGAAAUUGACCUUCAAAGAGAUUCAAAGAUGUUCAUAUUACCAUUAAUUAAAUUGGAAUAUUGCAUUUAAAAUGACAUCAUGAAUAAGGGCGCUUUUUGUUUAUUAUUAAAUAAUGGAGUAUGCUUUGUCGCGAACUGUUUCCCUUUUGUUGCUUUCAUUCACGGUGACAGCGCAAGCCAAUAGUCUUUGUCAGCCAACAAACAUUUCAUACAAUGUGGGGGAACAAGUACCUCUGCUGGACAUCUUAGCGGUGGAAGUGUCGGCCCUAGAUCAGCCAUGUUUGAAGGAAGUUCGCAUUCCAGGGGCCAUCGAAACUCGCCUCGUUGUGGAAAGAGCUGAGUUUGGAUCUAACCCAAUUUUCAUUUAUGGCGAAAGUGGACAAGAACGUGAAAGAUUGUUUGACGAAAUAAAUAUUUUUAAAACAUCAUGCGACGACAUCAGGGAACAGCGGGGGUUCGCUAUCAAAACUAAUGAAACAGACGUAUUCAAUGGUGUAAAAUUAUGUCUACAAAUAAUACCAGAAACUAGUAACAAAAAUCUUGGUAUUCACUACAACGGCGGUAGGAUUGUAGUAUAUGUAAUAGUCACUUUAGCUGAAUGCCGAAACAACGAUGUCAAUUGUGCGCCUGUACGUUGUAAAAGGGAGUGCCAAGAAACUGCAAACGGAUCUACAUGUGUCUGUUCUUUACUCACGCCUCCUAAAACCACACAAGGUCCUACAACAAAUGGCAAUUCGCUGUCCUCAACAUCCGAGGUAACCAAGGCGGCAACGGCCGCUGUAACCACGUCAAUACUUACAGUAGCUGCAGGCCCCACGACCAGGUUAACAACGGAGUCAUCAAUUCCGUUACCCACUUCACCUAAAGUGGCUAGCACUACAGCGUCUGUCAAUCGUCAAAACAUAUCAAUGCCAGGGACGACAACUGAUAUUAUAUAUGUAACUUCAAAAACAACUACUCAAAAAACGACAACAGCUGUUAAACAUGUGACUCCAAAAACAACUCUUCAAGUCAUAACUGCUGGUUCAUAUGUGACUCCAAGAGUAUCAGAAGAAACAACAAUCGCAUCCAAUCGCCCCUUUGGGAGUACUGUGCCAAUAACGACCUCGUUGUCGACAUCUGCCUAUUCGACAAUGGCGUCAUCUACUAUCACUGACGUCACAACACAAAAUCUCACGGACGACGCGGCUGCAGUUAACCACAACUCUGAACAGGAAAUAUUUGGUCUUCUGGAGGGUCUGUACGUUGUCGGCGCCGGCAUCGUCGUCUUACUAGCGCUCACGUUGGCCGUCUGUAUUGUACGCCGCCGCCAACAUCGCUGCUUCCAUCUUCCUCUUUCCGGGACCAUAUCAGGCUCGAGCGACGGUGGUGCGCUCGCCUGGAGGGAAAACUGGCUCGUGCGGUACCAUGACAACAAAAGUGACAGAGUGGCUGAUUAUGAUAACGACUUCCGGUUGAUCCACGGUAAAUUCCACCACAGCUCGAACCCGGAGUUACACCACAUACACAUUGACCCGUAUACAGGUGGUGACGAAGAGGACGAGGAGAACGCCUACGAUAACCCGUGGCCCUUGAUCAGACUGGAUUCCGAUUUCAUGGAGAAAACUAAACGUCUUGAACGCGAGAUGAGCUCUACAUGCCUCAGUGAUGACUCGCCGCGAUUUGUGAACGAAAACGAAACUGUGAAUAAUCAGGAACCCAAACAGGAAAAUAACACAGAAAACAACAUCCACACUGAUGCAGAUAACAGUAAAAUUGGGGAAGGAGAAGUUGAAAGGACUCCCGAUAAGAAGUACAGCGUGAUCAGGGUUCAACGCUCCAGCUCUAAGACCAAUCGAUACUCUACGAUGCCGCAACACAAAACUUCAACACAAUCAAACGGGGAAACUUCCGGGCACGAGACCAUGGCCGUGGAUCGAAAGACGCGACAAAAGCACACUCGAACAUCGUCCAGCUUUUCAAGCCAGUGUAGCGCAGACGUCGAAGAUUUCGUAAAGACAGCAGUGACAAACAUUGAAGCGGCCAUUGACACGGAAAAUAUAACGGGUACAAUUGACAUCGAGUCAAGCAACUCAGUUGAAGGUACAAAUAAUCCGAAAGGUUGGAAAGUCAGUGCAAUAUAUGCGAUCGUCCGCAGCAACAUCAACGAUGGGAAGUCAAGCCAGAACACACGAUCGGCAACGCGGCGUUCAGCGAGCACGAGAUCUUAUGGUUCACCUGUCAGGGGACUGUCAUACCACGCUAUCACGGACCAGAACACGACUAAAAUGCCUGGAAAACCCCACCAUAAUGCAACCAAAGACCAAAUCGACCAGUGCAUCCUUGAUACGAAUCCUAUUUCUAGUAUAACGUCGAAGAUUGCCAAACCGAAAGAUAACGAGAUGUCAGGAAGUCAAACUGAAAAGCUCACAGGGAGUCAAACUCAACAGCUAACAAGCACACCGGAAGUGGAUCAGGUCGAGUCACGUGACAAUCAUGUUACCUCCGCUGUGGUUUCAAACAGUCCUAUAACAGAACCUUACCGAGUGAGACGCGACCAAGCGUCCGGUACAGUGCAGUUCAGAAAAUAAGUUCGUUUAAAGACAUAUGGCAAAAAUCGAACAAAACACAAAACAGCGAAUAUUGCUACAUUUAUAUCGGAAUAAGCUGAAUAUUUGCACACAACUAAAACGCAAUGCGUGUCUCGCACAUUCUGUUAUUUUGUGGAAAAGCGACAGAUUUUUGUUACAUGAGCGUGUAUUUCUUAUUAUUAAGGAUGCAUUAAAUAAACGAAGUGCUAUUUUA